CGCCGUGCGCAUGCGCCUUGCUCGCGCGCUCGCUCGCGGGACAGGAUGGCGGGGGCCGCGCCGGGCGCCAUCAUGGACGAGGACUACUUCGGGAGCGCGGCCGAGUGGGGCGACGAGGCGGACGGCGGCCAGCAGGAGGACGACUAUGGAGAGGGAGAAGACGACGCCGAGGUGCAGCAGGAAUGCCUACACAAGUUCUCCACCCGGGACUACAUCAUGGAACCCUCCAUCUUUAACACUCUGAAGAGGUAUUUUCAGGCAGGAGGGUCACCAGAGAACGUCAUCCAGCUCUUGUCAGAAAACUACACUGCUGUGGCUCAGACUGUCAACCUGCUGGCCGAGUGGCUCAUCCAGACAGGUGUUGAACCGGUGCAGGUUCAGGAAACUGUGGAAAAUCACCUGAAGAGUUUACUGAUCAAACAUUUUGACCCCCGCAAAGCAGAUUCUAUUUUUACGGAAGAAGGAGAGACCCCAGCGUGGCUUGAACAAAUGAUUGCACACACCACAUGGAGAGAUCUUUUUUACAAACUGGCGGAAGCCCAUCCAGACUGUUUGAUGCUUAACUUCACUGUUAAGCUUAUUUCUGACGCGGGGUACCAAGGGGAAAUAACCAGUGUGUCCACAGCUUGUCAGCAGUUGGAAGUGUUCUCUAGAGUACUCCGUACCUCGCUAGCGACAAUUUUGGAUGGAGGAGAAGAAAACCUUGAAAAAAAUCUCCCUGAGUUUGCUAAAAUGGUGUGCCACGGGGAGCACACAUACCUGUUUGCUCAGGCCAUGAUGUCCGUGCUGGCGCAGGAAGAACAGGGGGGCUCGGCUGUCCGCAGGAUCGCUCAGGAGGUCCAGCGCUUUGCGCAGGAAAGAGGCCACGAUGCCAGUCAGAUCACACUGGCGUUGGGCACAGCUGCCUCCUACCCCCGGGCUUGUCAGGCCUUGGGGGCCAUGUUGUCCAAGGGAGCUCUGAACCCGGCCGACAUCACAGUCCUGUUCAAGAUGUUUACAAGCAUGGACCCGCCUCCUGUUGAACUCAUCCGGGUGCCAGCCUUCCUGGACCUGUUCAUGCAGUCGCUCUUUAAACCGGGGGCCAGGAUCAACCAGGACCACAAGCACAAGUACAUCCACAUCUUGGCAUACGCAGCGAGUGUGGUGGAGACGUGGAAGAAGAACAAACGAGCGAGCAUCAAUAAAGACGAGCUGAAGUCAACAUCGAAAGCUGUUGAAACUGUUCACAAUUUGUGUUGCAACGAGAACAAAGGGGCCUCCGAGCUGGUGGCAGAGCUGAGCACUCUGUAUCAGUGUAUCAGGUUCCCCGUGGUAGCAAUGGGUGUGCUGAAGUGGGUGGACUGGACCGUGUCGGAACCGAGGUACUUCCAGCUGCAGACUGACCACACACCAGUCCACCUGGCGCUGCUGGACGAGAUCAGCACCUGCCACCAGCUCCUGCACCCGCAGGUCCUUCAGCUGCUGGUUAAGCUUUUUGAGACUGAGCACUCCCAGCUGGACGUGAUGGAGCAGCUCGAGUUGAAGAAGACCCUGUUGGACAGAAUGGUUCACCUGCUGAGUCGAGGUUAUGUACUUCCUGUUGUCAGUUACAUCCGAAAGUGUCUGGAGAAGCUGGACACUGACAUUUCACUCAUUCGCUAUUUUGUAACCGAGGUCCUGGAUGUCAUAGCUCCUCCGUACACCUCGGACUUUGUGCAGCUUUUCCUCCCCAUCUUGGAAAACGACAGCAUCGCCGGCACCAUUAAAACAGAAGGCGAACAUGACCCUGUGACAGAAUUUGUAGCUCACUGCAAGUCUAACUUCAUCCUGGUGAACUAACUUAGAGCAUCCUCCAGAGCUGAAGCAGAACAUUCCAGAAACUUGUUUGAAGAGGCUCAGUCAGCAUCUUGGAAAUGCAUUCUGGGGGGAGGAGGUAACAUUUUUAAAAAGGAAAAUGUUAGCAGUAUAAGUGAAAAACUGCUACUACGAACAGUCCUCUGUCCUUCUUGUAAGUCCUGAUUACAGUAUUCUUCCCCCAAUGUGGGGUCCAGGUUCACGUCACUUCUCCGGAUGGAGCCACCUGUCAGCUCCAAGGGUGGUAGGGAGUCAGAAACAGAGACACUUAAAUGAACUACUUUCAAAGCUGACUUAGUUUUCUCACAAGAACCUGAUUAGUUGAUAUUUUACUGUAAUUGUUUUAAUUUUCCAAGAACAAAUAAAAGCCUUUCCACUGGGCUGAAAGGUGUAGAAAGGUGUUCUCAUGUAUAAAUGAGGCACACUCAGGCUCAGUUGUCAUGUGAA